CUCCAUGUUUUGGUAUCCGUCGAUCAACCCGGAUUCAUGACUCAAAGACAAUACUCUUCUCUUAUCUUGCGAAAGAGACAUUGUAAACGCCUUUAUAUCACGUUCUAGAAGAGACCUCUCAUGUUAAUUGUUGCCAGUUACUUUUAUUUGAACUACAGUGUAAGACUAUGUGUGAAUCCUUUUAGCUCUGCUGGAUAAAUAUUUCUGAGGAGAGGACUCGACGCCUCAUUCCAUGAUUCAUUUCGCAUUUGGCAGGAUCUAGACAAACAAUCAUGGAGUAGCCCUUGGAGUUAGAGUUGGAGACUGUCCUACAAAGACUGUUCAUCAAAAUGUAUCAACCGGUACCAGUAGUGCAACUCAACAACACCCCCCAUUUUAGACGCAAUUGGGUGGGGUUCUUUCUCCUCGGUCUGUCCAACAUGCUUCCUCUUGCCAUGGUCAGUGCUGGAGCAAACUCCAUCGCAAGAAGUUAUGGCCGAGAAGGCUUUAUUGCGGCUGUGUAUGGUUUCUCAGGCUCUUUGACUAUUGUUGUCAAAAUGCUGAAUGCAUUCGUUUUAAGCAGACUAUCGUACAACAUCAGGUUCGCUAUCAACUCCUUGGUACUUCUAUUAGGUAUAGCCGGGAUAGCUUUCGCUCCCAAUUUCAUUACUGCCAUUGUUGCUGUGGUUGUUAUCGGAGGAAGCUACGCCUUUGGAGAAAGUGUAGUGCUGGGCUACUUAUCAAAAUUUGACAGUCGUCUGGUCAAUGCCUGGUCCAGCGGAUGCGGCUGUGCAGGCUUGUUAGGAGCAGCCUUCCUCAUCACAUUUGGGUGUGUUCUUGAACAAACAACAGACAAAGCAACUGAUCUUAGACUUAUAAAUUGGUACAGUUUUCUAGCAUGCUGCCCAUUUGUAUUUAUCUAUCUGGUUGCUUACCUUGUGGUGAUCGUCGAACCUCCUCAGGAGAGAACUUUAGCCCCGGUUAGCGGAUACAGUGAUAAUCCAGCUCAAGUUACAGAUGAAGAUCAAAGCAUACAAAGUACAGAACAAGAUGCACUACUUGGAAGUGAACCCAAAAGGUUUACCAUGGCUGAUAGACGACGCGGUUUUAAACUCAUUUGGAAGCUGGGUCUGAACCUUGCCGCAGCGACCUUUGCAACAUACGUAUGUCGUGUUUCCUCAGCCAAAGCAGAGGAUAAUACAGUGUAUGACCAGAAUUGUCCGGAGCUCUAUGUAUCUCUACAGCUAUGUUUCAUGGCUGCCCAGUUUGCCUCUUUGUCUUCCGUCCAGCUCAUCAAGAUUCGCAAAGUGCAGAUCCUGUCGGCCGUUCAGCUCAUGAAUGCUGUUAUCUGGAUAGUGAACACUAGGUACAAGUUCAUGCCUGUCUACAUUCUUCCUGCUUACAUGGUGUUCAUUGGACUGAUAAUGGGCGCCAUCUACGUCAACACGUUUUAUAUGAUACACAACGAUGACAUCUACCCGAAAGGGCAUAGAGACUUACUCGCCAACUUGACAGCAAUGUUUCUCACACUGGGUGUGUCGUUAAGUAGUAUCUUGAUGACUGCACUUUACAAGACAGUACUUCUGGAUUUCUGACCAACCAUCCAUCCAUCAGCUCUGACCGGAAGAGGUGCUGUGGUCAAGGGGUUUCAAAUACUGGACUGGAAAUGCGAAGGUCGUGGGUUCGCUCCCCAGUGUGGCAGUAGUCUCCUUGGCAAGAUAUCAAUCUACCUGUGGCAGUUCACCCUGGGGAGCGUUUCACAAAGCCUUUUUUCAAUGACAAAUGACAAAAUUCAGUGACAAAUCUGCUGAUAACCAAUCAGAAGCAAGGAUUUCAGUAGCUUAUAACAAAAACUGUCAAUUGUCACUGAUGACAAGUUUUGUGAAACGCCCCCCAGGUGUUUGAUAGGUUCCUUGAGAACACGAAAAGCGCCUAGCAUAGUGAGCUUAAUAUUGAAAUGCCUUGAGCAUCUUGCAACAUGGAUGUGAGCCCCGGAUGUAAAAAUGUCCAAUGUUUUUAUAAAUAUCUCCCUAAGUUGUAUGCAAUAUUUCAGAACUUUCACUAUAUAUAUAUAUAUAUAUAUACCUGGUAUAUAUAAUAUGCCUUUAUUUGCCUGUUAUAUUUAAAUAUUUGAAAGAUUGGUGCAAUAUACAAGGGCAAAUCAAUGAUUGGAUGAUUAGUUUUACCUGACUGCUAAGAAAGCAAGUAUAUGCUUGUAAGUAAAAAAGGAAGAUAAAUUGUUAAAAUAAUUUGCCUUGUCUUGUGUUAUGAUAACAACUUACCGGUAGGCAUGCAUUAUUAUACAAAUAUAAACAAGUCAAGAGACAAUAUUAUGCAAAUAAUCCACAGCAGUGAGGGCAUUAGUAAGAAUUACCCACACAAGGUACCUUUUGAACAGUCUAACACAUUUGAGUGUGGGUGAUUUUACUAAUGCCUGAACAAAUGAUCUGUAUUAUUUGUUUUAUAAGAUGAUGUUCAAUUUUUUUUAAUAAAAUGAUGUUUUAUAACAUUAUUUUACU